UCACGCCCAAGAAUGCUAACAGGCAGCAGUUUAAUUUUGUCAUCCCAAGUAGCUACAGAAUUAUGAUUGCAUAUAUGAUCAUUUGAGAUAUUCUAAAGGGACAUUCUUACCAUUUUAAAGUCAAUGUGAAACAUGAACUGCAACAGUUAGGGAAUUUUGACUAUCACAGCUGUCAGAAGCAGGUGCAUUAAUAAUUAAAAAGAUGGCUGAAGUCCAGGUGAGUCAGGGGCUUUACCUGUCACAUGAAUCAAUGAUGUCUCUCACAGAACAGAAGAACACUGUCACACCCAGAUUGAGUCAGAGCCAGGUGUAAGUGUUACUCUGACGCAGUUUGGGUAUGUAAGAUUAGUUUUUUUUAUCCAGCAGAACAUUAAUAUAAGCAUAAGGGUUGCCAUAUAUGCACCUGCCACAGCUGUCCUCAGGUACAAUUAUUAAAAUUAGAAGAGAAGAACGUCAAGCUUGUUCAACUGUCAGCUUCCUUUUUUGCUCUUAUUUUAAAUUGCCACUUCUCAUUAUAGGAACAAGAAACCAUGCAAUGUUAUCUAGUGUAUAGUUAAGAAGGGAAAAUUUUCAAACAAACAAAUCAAGCUUAUAAAUGUGAAUAUAAGUAACAUCAACAGACAUAUACAUUGUGUUGUAGAUUGUUUUAGAGUCAAUUAUGCAUAGUUUUUAAUGGACUGUUAUGCCCUUUAAAAAAAACACAACUUUGGAAAGUCCCUAUAACUGUUUUUUGCAUAAUGAUUUUUUUUUUGUUCUGCUUGGAGCAUAUGUUACACACAAAGUACCCAUUGUGGUCCAUUCAUGUGGUUUUAUAAAGUGGAGAACAGAAAACAUCUAGCAAUUGUUACAAUGUAAAAUGUGUGAGCUUGCAUCUUUCUUAAAGUUGUCUAUUUUGGCACAUUCACGGACUGUUGUAUGUUUUAAGUAGACUAAAUAGGAUCAAAGGUUUGUAUAGAAUUACAUUCAUCGAAUAGGAUUUCCCUCCAUGACACCACAACUAUAAUCCAUCACAAUCCAAUGCUGUUGAAAAUAUGUCUUUAUUAUAUACAUAUAUAUUUAUUAUAUACAUUCGAAACAUCUUAUUGAGCUUUGAUUUGCUCACUGGUAAUUAAGCUGAUUUUCAUGUGCACAUUUAAUAUGAUUAUGAAUCUAUACCAUAGUAAGCUACUACUACACUACACUACACAAAUUUUCUUAUAUCUCCAACCUAGAUGAUAUCACUUUCAUUUAUUUCCUUUAUUAAAUCGAUUAUGAUACAAUUAUGAGGUAUUUUGUCUGGCUUUGACAUGAACACCGUCAUGAUAUAAUCAUAGGGCUACAUAUAAAACAAGGUCUUUAUACGACAUCUACUGGUUGUAGGGGGUUAAUGCUAUGGAAAGCAGUUUUUAUUAAUUCAUAAAACAUUCAUAAAACAACAGCCAUCUACAAUCUUCAGACUUAUACAUAAUUUUAAUAAAAAUGGCCAUGUUGCUACAUAUAUCACAACAGAGUUUUUUUUUUACUACACAUUGUUGUACAGUUUGGAGCAUGCGCACAAGGAAAUUCUUCACACACUGCCGUUCUAUACCGGCCGGCAGCUCAUCCGCGUGAGGGAUGCGUACCGGAGCCGGUUAUGGCGACGGUGAAGCAUACAGGCUCAUGAGGCUUUCAGCUAAAUUUUUAUAAUAGACCUGGAGUGCAUAAAGAGACUGUGGCCAUGGCCGGUGUGUUUGAUAUCGAUCUGGAUCAGCCUGAGGAGAAUGUAACGGACGAUGAGCUCGCUGACGGGGCCCAGCUGAACGAAUGUGUGGACAAUGGCAGUGGAAUUGAAUUGAUGGAAGAUUGUCAAAAGUUUGAAAUCUCAGAAAACAACGUGAAUCAAGGAACAGAGCAGAUUCGUCCUGAGUGCUUCGAGUUGCUCCGUGUUUUGGGCAAAGGAGGCUAUGGAAAGGUUUUUCAAGUACGCAAGGUUACUGGGAUAACUUCUGGAAAGAUAUUUGCUAUGAAGGUCUUGAAAAAGGCCAUGAUCAUACGAAAUGCGAAGGACACGGCUCACACUAAAGCAGAGAGGAGCAUCCUGGAGGAAGUUAAGCAUCCCUUUAUUGUGGACCUUAUAUAUCCCUUUCAGACAGGAGGCAAACUUUACCUCAUACUCGAGUAUCUUAGCGGUGGUGAGCUUUUCAUGCAGCUGGAGAGGGAGGGCAUCUUCAUGGAGGACACGGCCUGCUUUUACCUAGCAGAAAUUUCCAUGGCUUUGGGUCACCUCCACCAGAAAGGCAUCAUCUACAGAGAUCUGAAACCAGAAAACAUCAUGCUUAGUAACAAUGGUCACGUGAAGUUAACAGACUUUGGACUCUGUAAGGAGUCGAUCCACGAUGGCACAGUUACACACACCUUCUGUGGAACCAUAGAGUACAUGGCACCAGAAAUCCUAAUGAGAAGUGGCCAUAACCGAGCCGUGGACUGGUGGAGUCUGGGGGCUCUGAUGUAUGAUAUGCUAACAGGAGCUCCUCCUUUCACGGCCGAGAAUCGCAAAAAGACCAUUGAUAAAAUCCUGAAAUGCAAACUAAACCUUCCUCCGUACCUUACUCAAGAAGCACGGGACCUUUUAAAAAAGCUGCUUAAGAGAAAUGCAUCACAGAGAUUGGGAGGAGGUCGAGGAGAUGUAUUAGAAGUUCAGGUUCACUCCUUUUUCAGACAUACAAACUGGGAUGAUUUACUGGCAUGUAAAGUUGACCCACCUUUUAAGCCUUUUUUGGUACGAGCGAGUGUUUCCUUUCUUAUUAAUCUGCUUACAUUUACCUUAUUGCAUCUUAUAUGUCUGUAUGCAAUAAUAACUUCUCACAGAUCUCUGUUUCUACAGCAAUCAGCAGAUGAUGUAAGCCAGUUUGAUUCAAAAUUUACCAGUCAGACUCCUGUAGACAGUCCAGAUGAUUCAACACUCAGCGAAAGUGCCAACCAAGUCUUCCUGGGCUUUACGUACAUAGCUCCAUCUGUGCUCGAAAACAUGAAGGAAAAGUUCACAUACGAGCCAAAAUCCCGUUCACCUCGCCAGCUUCUGGGAAGCCCUAGAACACCAAUGAGUCCUGUAAAGGUUACAGGGGAUGAUGGUUGGUCUCAAGGUCCACCCUUCCCAGAAGUCCCCACAACCACAUUGCCCUCCUCGCACCCCCUCACUGAUUCAAGAAUGGAGGUGUCCAGUGUGGAGCAGAUGGACAUUAACAGCGGCACAGAGGUUUCCGCCCCGCUUCCCAUCAAAAGGCCUUUGGGAUCCACCAUGGGACCAUUCAUGCCUUACCCUGUGCUUUCCAAGAGGCCUGAACAUUUGAGAAUCAAUCUAUGAUGUCUCUUUUUGAGUUUUGCACUUUAGGAAUUUAUCAAAACACCCAGAAGGCCUUCUCGUACCUACUUUCUGCCACAUGAACACUUGUCGCCCACCUAUACUGUAUACAAGCAUGGAGAGCUUCUCCGUAGCAACUUGCGCCAUAGAGAGUUGGUCUAAUGCUUCUCGCUGUGAAUGAGAUCAUUUUAGAUGACUUUGAGCAUGAAUUCUUUAUUUAUGUAAUUCUCAUGCAAAAAGUAAGGAAGGAUACAUAGUACAGAGUAGUUUCUUGCAAAUAAAGGGUUAAGUGUGCAAUGAAACACAUUUAAAGGUACAAUGUGUAAAAAUUAGGACGAUCUAUUGACAGAAAUGGAAUAUAAUAUACAUAACUAUGUUUUCAGUGGUGUGUAAAGACCAUACAUAAUAAACAUGUAUGUUUUAUUACCUUAGAAUGAAAGGUUUUUAUCUACAUACACUGUGGGUCCCCAUGCAUGGAAGUCGCUGUCAUGUUUAUAAAGUAGGCCUAAACGAACAAACUGCUCUACAGGGCACGUUUUGUCACUACGUUGUCUCAGACGAUGACGUGUUUGUCCUGUGGUGGCUAUCGUAGCUUCACUACGCGUUUUGAAAAGGACAGGUGACAUUUGGACUGUGCCGUUGGUUGCAAUUGACAGUCUCAGUGCUAGAUGCCGCUAAAACUCCCUGUUUGCACCUUUAAAGAGAUGCUGGUUUACAUUCUUGUUACUGAUUUUUUUACAUUCCUGUAUGUUGUUGGGAAUGACUCCAACUGUAAUCGUUGGGUAGAAAAGACUAGUGGAAGCUGUCUGUUUUGCAUGGUGUCGAUGUGGUUCCUAAACAUUGACAUUUGUUUGUACCCCAAAACUGAGAGAUAUAAUGCACUUCUCAAGAUUUAAAGGACCUAUGAGGAAAGCUUGAAAAUAUAAGUUGUUCAUAUUUUAUUAAUGUACUUUUAGAGAGGUUCUCGUACUUGAAUCUGAUCAAUGUUCUCUUGGUCUGUGAUAAUUCUUCCAUUUUAAAUGGCAAGAUGUUUGAUUUUUUACAGUGUAGUGGGGUCCAAAGAAUCCAAGAGUAUAUUUAAAGGGAUAGUUCACCCAAAAAUAAAGAUUCUACUCAAAUUUACUUAUAAAUUUCUUUGUUCUGAUGAACACAAAAGAAGAUAU